CUUUAUAAUUGCUGUGAGCGCAACGUGGUGAUCUAGUUCCAAUAUGGUUCUGUUUGAUUACGUAUUUCUUUUAAUAUUCGUGGUAAAACUAAACGAAUGUUUGAUACCGUUGAAUGGUGCGAAGAGAAAUGAAACGAUGUGCGAACGAAUGGUUAGAAAGUCGUAUUUCGACAUGGAUUUGGUCGUGGGUGAUCCCUGGCGUAUCCUGUACACGUGGAACAUGUCUUUAAAUGAGAAGUGUGUCGACAUAACAUUUGCUAACGCUACUAAUAAGGUUAUAAAUGAAGUCUGGAAUGAUAUGUAUGAGUACUUAGAAGAGCAGCCACUAUGGGCCGGGGCCACACUGCACAUGACCAUGGGCCCGACCCGUUAUGAGCUCCUGAUGUUCGCCCAGCCCGGGUCAGCCGGGGCUUUCACCGCUGUUCCCAAUAUCGUCAAAAAGGCUAGCAUGGCUCCACCGAGACAUUCCGUACCACUUUUGACGUUUUACCUCACACUGGUCGAUAAAGGUCGAUUCUUGAUCAUGAUCGAUUGCCGCAUCGGAGUUGGUUCGCUAUCAGAACGGUCGAAAUCCUUCGAAUCUUCGAAAAAAGAUGUGAUGGCGUUGGUAGCGGAACUGGACUUGGGGACAGGACACCCGGCGUGCACUGAACAGGAAAAAGAGUUUUUGCAGGACCAUCUAGAUUAAAUAAUUCUGUUUAA